GCCUCGUCGACCUGCAUUACGUCGACAUGUGAACAGUCCUCCCGUACCCCGGUCAUCGUUCAUAAACUCGCUCGAUGAUUGCUCAUGUAUUGCUAUUUUACGGCAUCCAGAUUGUCAGUCAGGUGUCCGGUAUUGGGGUAUUUCCGGCCAGAAUGAAGUCCCACAGUUUUUUUCUGGGGAAUUCGUCAUAUGUGACAACGGAGGAUGGAAUCUCUAUAUUAAUAUUACGAAAUAUAACGCGGGAGGACAGCUUAUGGAUUAACUAUCGAUUGGAGACUGGAGUGGAUUAUGACCAACAAGACUACAUAUCUGAGAGAAUUAUGACGGGAGAAAAUGUAGAAUUCUGUUCUUGGGUUUUGGACGACGAGCAGCAUCGUCAGGCAUUUCAAAUCUUCAUGGCAGUUCUGCCUCUCAAGUUCUCCGAAGGGUGUCCUAUUCCCCAGCAACGUGUGCUGAUAAAUUCAGAGAUAAUUUACAUGAAUGUAACAUAUGCCGUUGGUUUUCUGCGUCCAUCGUGUGGAGAUGUUGACGAACUCACGAUUGACAUUUAUUCACCGGAAUCAGAACGCGACGAUCCAGUCCUCAGUGCCUCCAUCGUCAUCGCACAUGAAGAUUCCACUCUUGAUUGCGUCUACGAGGAUAUGUAAAUUACCCAACAGUUGUACCAAUAAACGAUGCCUUUAAUAUUUUUC